AUGGUUCCCUCAAAUCCUGCAUCGCCGACCCUUCCAUCCCCUCGAUCACCUCAUUCACCCACUACCAGUUUGAACCAGCACCUGGCCGAACCCCUGCCUCAGCUGAUGACCACAUGCUCCCUCCGGCGAAGUGACUCGGUACGCGAUGCUGCUCGUGGCGAGACUUCAGCCUCAUAUACUCCCGGUGCCGCGAAUGCCAAUGGGUCCAGCUGCAGACGCAACAGCCUUACGACACCCGUGACUUCGCCAACACAGAUGCUUUUCACCAUGCCAUUGUCACCAACAUACCAAAUGUGGACGUAUGAGACGGCGCAUUUCCAAAGCAUGCGUGAAGACGGCAGGCAGAGCAGAAUGGCUAUGAGGAGUCCUCGCAUCACACUACCUCUGCGCGUCAACACUGGCUUGAGCAUGCAUAGCGGUAAUGGUACUGGUACUGGUGUCGGCAGCAACAGCAAUACAUACACUGUCCCAGACAGCGCCAGGACCAUGGCAUCGAUCAGGGAAGACGAGAUCCAAUCCCCCUUCUCGGACACGACGACGUUGUUGAACUGGUCGCCUCCCGCGUCCUCAGACUCCUCACCACCGUCACCAUGGACAUCCAGAACGACAGAAGGCCUCUCUUAUACGACUUCUACUAUGAACACUAAUCCCAAUCCCAAUCCCCAUCCCAACCCAUCUUCCAACCCCUUGAGCAGCUCCAAACGGUUGACAAGACCACACAUCCCCAGUCCAAUCUCAACAUCUGCAUCAGCAUCGCGAUCUCCCCGCUCACCGAUUCGCAAGAAGCCACGCUCUCACCCUCACCCUCAGGCCCAGGCUCGGUCUCGUCUCCGCCUCCCCCUACCGCCCAAAUACCACGUCGUCGUGCGCAAAAGCGGGACAGACCCCUACUCGCCCACCACCCUCCGCAACCGCAUCCAAUACAUGCACAGCGUCGAACACCUCCGCGCACCUCUUGUCCCCUUGAUCUCCGUCUCAAGCGGCCUAUCACACCCCUUGUUCCCGACCACCCUGCUACAGUAUCACCUGUUGACACAUGACCAGCUAGACGACCUGGCGAGAUGGUAUCAUCAGGUCAACCCUCCUGUGGACGAGACGUUCAUGUAUCCUGCUUGGAUUCCUGCGUGGACGACUUCAGACCCGGAGAAUACCAUGGGAAGAGCAUCCAAUGAUCGCAACAGUAUCGAUCUCGAGACGAAACGCAGACGGUUUGGACGGUUCAUUGGCCUCAGAGGGUGUGAGAGUCCCACAGCCGCCACCACCACCACCUCGUCCACGUCCUCCUCCUCCGGCCCUGAAGGGCAAAGAGAGAGGCCGGAUGAGUUGGCCAGACGCAUGGAGAGGGAGUGGCGACGGGCAUUGGAGAGAGCAGCUGAGGAAGAGCAGCUUUGGGAGAAAGGAUGGAGGGGAAGAUGGUAG